UUCAGUUUGACAGUUGUAAUGUAACCAGUGGUCAUCUAAUUUUUUGCCUCCUUGCAUUUUGAUACCAAAAUAUAAGUUAUUCGUAAGUGGUAUUACGUGAACAUGAUGAAAAUAAGAUCCCACGCAUAUUUUGAAAGGUGGAAUGCGGCUCGCUAGCAACGACUGAAAUGUCAACGAGAAGCGCGUCAACAGCGAUCCGCGCGCGCCGCGGCCACAAGGAGCGCUCCAAGAACUUCACAGAACUGGAGAAACGGACCGUGCUGGAACUGAUAGCGCGCCACCGCGACGUGCUGCGCCAGGGUCGCUCCAACACCGCCACCAACCGCAGCAAGCAGUUGGUGUGGUCGACGAUAUGCGAGGAGGUGAACAAACGGUGCGGCGGCGAGCGGCCGCGCACUCCGGCGCAGGUCAAGAUGUGGUACGAGAACUACAAGAAGAAGUGCAAGAUGCGUGCGCACGAACAGCAUCAGCAACCGCCUUCAGACACGCCGGGGCUGCUCGACGGGAUGCUCUGGCAGAGUUUGCACCCUCUGGACGUCAAAGAUGAGGAUGGUGAGGCAGCCACCAGUGCAGAAGGCGCACAUAGUGGCAAAGACGACGACUGUGGUCCGGUCAAUAUGUCAAACGGCCGACUGUCCAGCACGAACGACAGCGACGACGCGAUGCCGAACGUACUCGAGCCCCACGUACAAAUAAUCCCCCAAUCGUCCCCCACUCCCCCCCUCAAACCCAUCCCCACAAUGAACCCCAUCAUCCCCGUCCCCAUGCUCUCCAAUCCCCUACAAGCGAUCGAACAAGCGCGACUGCAGCAGAACUUCUUCCAGAAACUAAACGAACUUUCGAACGUACCCCUAAAUUUAAGCCACUUAGAUGAGGAUAAGCGACAAAAUGGCCACGACAAAAGUCAGCAAAACGACGAGCAAAUUAAACACGAUUGCUCAUCAGCAACAGAAGAAGAAAGACUAUACUUCUCAGCGAAGCGACAACACGCUAUAUGGGAACAUGAAGCCAAAAUGAAAAUACUAAACAUGGAAUUAAGGCAGAAAGAAGAGAUUUUCUCACUCCAAAAACAGCUUUUUCUAAUCGAGUUGAGGUUAAAAAUGGAUUUUUUAGAGAAAGCCAGCGCGAAAUAGGCUGUAAGGUCGAGAGGGCUUAGUGAAUUCAAAAGUAGAAGGGACUUUUAGGCGGGAAACGAGAUGUCAUUUUCAAGACGCCAUUUUGAAUGUAAUGUUAGUUCGGCUGUUCAAAUUAAAAAUCAAUGUUUUUGGAAACUUAGAUUAAAACAAAAAGGUAUCAUUUGACUAAAUAAGUUUUUUGUUUCUUUCGCCAAGUAAUAAUCACACGUUUUUCAUUUUAUACAAAUAUGCAGUAAUAAAAAAAUGUUCUAAUCUAAGUUUUCUUAAAUAAAUCAAAACGGCAAAUUUUGAGAAUGACGCGGACAGAUAUAAAAUGUUUCGAUAAUACGAAAUAAGUUGACUGAAAAGUUGCUAUGCUCAAAUCGACAUGGAGGUUUUAACACGGACUUUUUUUGUCUCUCUGACACAUUUGUCUUAUCCCACGUGUGUGAAAGAGACAGAAGACAUGCUUAUUGUACAUUCAGUUUUUUUACAGGGAAUAACGUUAUUUCCCUAUCGACUAAUGAGUAAUUUUUAUCUAGUUUUAAAGUGCCAUUUUAUAUUUAGUUACCCUAAAACGCAAGGAAUGAUAAAUAAUAUUUUAUGGAAGGAAAAGGGAAUGCCUUUGCCUGAGUUAGAAAAAUGCAAUGAUAGUCUGUGGAUCGUUAAUAUCAUUAGGUAUUUUUUGGUACACCGACCGACGCAAACAAUUAUUUUUUAAAUAUUUUGAACGGGUGUACCAAAGGGGGAUACGUAACAUGUGAUUCAAGAGUUAUUAUUUUUGUAACCGUUAUUUUUUCGUAGCUUAUUUUGUAUUUUUUUUUAGUUUAGCGACAUAUAACGUGCUUAAGUUUUUUUUAUUUUACCGCCAUAAUCAAGGCGGAAAGUUAUUUUUUAUAGUAUUAUAUUUUAACAGAUUUUCAAAAUGGCAGCUCUAAAGAUUAUUUUUUUUUUAUGAAAAAAGAAUACUGCCAUACGUAAGAAUUUGUGAAUUUUUUUUAGUUAUGUAGGUACUUAGGUAAGAUGCCUCUUCGGCGUUAAAGUUACAUGUUGAAAAACUUUUUUUUUUCAUGGGGCCGAGUCGGUUUUUUUCGACCGGUCGCGUCUAGUUGGCAAAACGCUAUUGAAAAACUAGUCUAUAUAAUUAGUUUUGUCGUUAUAUGAAGCAGUUACUUAUUAAAAAAGUAUGUCUACAAAAUUUAAAACCGCAUGAAAAAUUGCUUAGUGAGUAUAAUUUUGGCGCCAUUUUUUGGCAUGUGAUGUUACAGUAUUGUUUAUUAUAGAAAUAAGAAACGUGCGUUUGAGUUAUAUCCAUUGAUAUAAUUAUUUUAACGCAAUAGAUAAGUAUAUUUUGAUGCGGUUGCCAUUCAAAAAUAGUAUAAAAACCUGCCAUUAAAAAAUAAAUAAGUAACUGCUUCAUCAAACUUCGAACUAUUAAGUCAGUGACGUGCCAAUAACGAAAACAUUGUUAAUAAAUAAAAAAAAUAGUUAAAAAUAGUUACUACAUGUAUAAGUACAUAGUUACGAUACUAUAAAAAUAAAGAAAAUACGUAAAAAACGUAGACAAAUAUUAUUAUUAUGAGAAAAAAUUCAAUACAGUAUGAUAUUAUUAUUAUUAAAUAAUAAAUAUUUUAGCCAUAAAAGUAGAGGAAAAGGAGAAUUAAUAAUAUAACAGUACAAAAGUUUAAUAAAAUAUUACCUCAAGUUUAAACAGAGUAUUGUGUAAAUAAAUAGUAGUAUAUAUAGUUAUAAAAAAGUUUUUAGAAGACAUUUUACACGGAGUGACUUACACCUAGACGUUAAAAUAUUAAAAAGUAAAAUUAAAAUGGCUGCCAAAAAAGAUAUUUAAAAAUAUGUUUAUUUGUCGUGAAGUCUCUAUGAAAAAUGCACAUAAGGUCAAAAAAAAUCGUUGAUCAUUCGAAUAGCAAUAAUAAAGGGUUAGAGUGCCAUCUAGUACUUUAGACUAUAAUAAUAACUGCCAAAAUUCAAUAAAAACUAUUAUAUAAUGAAUAAUAAUUAUUAUAAGCUCUGAAUAUUAUGUCCUUGCAAUAUUUGAAAAUGUAAAGAAACACUGGUGUAUAUUACUAGGCAUUUCAAUCAAGUUCGCAUACAUACAUAAAUAACAAAAACACCUACCAAAAAUUUUGCCUAAGAACAUAUAGCCAGGCCAAAAACGACCACAAUAACUUAAAAACUAAAAUUUUCAAUUUUGGCGCCACUUUGAUGAAUUCAAACCGUCAAAUGUAUAUUUAAUUAAUGUGUUACUUUUUAAAUAUGGCUGCUAUUAUGUACACGGGUGUUUCUUACUUUUUUAUGGACUUUCGCAAAAUGUCAAUAAGAAGUCAUUCUUAAGAGUAGGUGUAAGUUCUUCAAACAAAAUUUUUGGUGGCAAUAUUCGCACAAUGUUAUUAAAAUAAAAUAGCAAUUUAAUAAUGUGAUGUUUUGUACCUAAGAUCUCAGUUCAGGUUUAAAAUAAUAAGUUUUACCUAUAAAAACCUCCUUUCAGUGUUAAUUUAAAAAUAAAAUAAAUAUAUUUGAAUUUAUGAGUAUAUACUUAGUAAAAAGAAUAUUUUUAUUUGGAACAAUGUUUAUGUUAAUCUGAUGUAAUUGGAUAUUAUUGAUAUUAAAUAAAGAAUUUAUUUUCUGUUC